GCGGAAGGUCGCCAUUUUUGAGAACGACGAGUCGGAGGUAGUUGCUUAUAUUCUUCAUCCGUGGUCUUCACUCAAUCGAUAUUUACUUAUUGUAGUCUUACAACUGUUAACCUCAGUAACAUAUUUUGACGUGAUGCGUAACUCAAAGCGAAUGCGCUCUCCAGGUGUAUGGCUGGAUGAGUACAUGUGGGAGGAAAGAAUGGAGUGUCGUAAACGCAGAAAACGAGAUUCAUGCAGCAGCGAAAGAGAAAAUAAAUCCCGAAGGGCUCCCCAUCACCACAAGACCCACGGCGGGCAGUACCUGGAGGCUCGCAGUUCAAACCAGAGGCUGGAUUCUCAGGAGAGGUAUUCAUGUGAAAGAAGUUUCGACGUGGCCUGCGGCAACGACGGUCAUGAAGAUGCCUCUAAGGAAAAAGACCGUGACUGGCACCACUACAGCAAGUCAUCGGGYCGUAGUGGGCGCAGCAGACGAAGCAAGCACAGAGACCAGAGGCGCAGACGAAGUCAUUCUCGCCACAGGUCCUCCUCGAGGACGAGCCGUCGUCGCAGGAGCAGGAAAAGAUCCCGGAGUGUUGAGGAUGAUGACGAGGGUCACCUCAUCUUUCACAGUGGAGACAUGCUGAGAGCGAGAUAUGAGAUAGUGUGUACUCUCGGAGAGGGUGCCUUUGGGAAAGUUGUUGAGUGCAUUGAUCACACAAAUAAUGGAGCUCGAGUGGCUCUGAAGAUUAUUAAAAAUAUAGACCGCUACAGAGAAGCAGCUUUGUCUGAAGUAGAGGUGCUUAAACACUUGAACUCCCUCAACACUGACAGAAGAUAUGCUUGUGUGCGUAUGCUUGACUGGUUCGACUACCACGGUCAUAUUUGCAUCUCCUUUGAGCUGCUCGGCCUCAGCACGUACGACUUCCUGAAGGAAAACAACUUCCAACCUUUCCCUGUUGAACAAAUCCGGCACAUGGCUUACCAGAUCAUUAGAGCUGUGAAAUUUCUGCACAACAACAAACUGACUCACACAGAUUUGAAGCCUGAAAAUAUUCUCCUAAUAGAUMCAGACUACGAAAUGGAAUACAACCAUGAAAAGAGAAGAGAUGAAAGAACACUGAGGAACCCUGAUGUGAAAAUUGUAGACUUUGGUAAUGCUACAUUUGAUCACGAACACCACACGUCUGUGGUGUCAACACGUCAUUACCGUGCUCCUGAAGUUAUUUUAGACUUGGGCUGGAAUCAUUCCUGUGAUGUCUGGAGUAUUGGUUGUAUACUCAUUGAGUAUUACCUCGGAACCACCCUCUUCCAGACUCAUGACAGUAAAGAGCAUCUUGCAAUGAUGGAGAGAGUCCUGGGUCCCAUUCCUACAAAGCUUCUUGAGAAAACAAAAAAACGGCGAUACGUCCAUCGCAACAGACUGGACUGGGAUGUUCACAGCUCYUCAGGGAGAUAUGUCAGGAAACACUGCAAACCCCUCAAGCAUUAUAUUGCUUCAAAACGUGAAGACCAUCGGCUGCUGUUUGACCUGAUCCAGAAGAUGAUGGAGUACGACCCGACAAAGCGUCUCAGUUUGGAGCAGGCCCUUGCACAUCCCUUCUUCUCCUGCUAUAAGAGCAGCAGCAGCAGAAAAAGCAGCAGCAGAGGCAGCAGCACCAGAAGCAGCAGCAACAGUAGCAGCAGGAGCAAAUGAGGCUGAACUUGUGAACCUUUGAACCUCUGACCRGUGUCUUCGGUCAGGAUCCACCUGCCACCAUGACAUUCAUCAUGGAGCCAUCAGCCUCUUCCUCCUGACUCCAGGAGAGAGCCCCUCUGACUGUAUCAGUCACCGCCCUGCUUUGUUUUCUGAACAUCAAACCAGUUUUAAUGUUGUUUUGUUAUUUAUAGUUCAAAAUGUCCCAUCAAUGUACAUCAAUUUAAAUUGGUAAUUCCCUUGCUCCACAUUUUUUUCUUUCUGCUUUGUGGUAUAGGUGAUGGGUAAUGUAAUGRGAAGAAAYUCACGWUAUUUCUUUUGGUUWGUGGAUGUAAAUAUAAAAAAUAUAYUAGAAAACAUGUACAUAAGACUUGUUAAGAUAUUUACAUUUUUUUCAUUGAUGAUAUGUAAUGUUUGCAAAAUGUCAAUAAAAAACAUUUGUGCAUUA